AUGAAUGGUGAGAACAGUUGGUGGUCCAGGAACGGGGAGAAUCGGGUUAGUGACGGUGGAGAUCAGGUUGGCGAUGAGCGAUGGUAUCAAAGCGUCUGGAACAAGUUACCGCAGUUAAGACGGCCUAAUAUGGAGGUUAACAUUACCGCAGCAACUCAGUACUCUCAUUUGAACGCAGAGCAGAUUCAGUAUUUGGAGAACGAUGCGUUGGAGAAGAUCAGGGCUCGGUCCAAUACGUGGUGCUGGUUUCAGGAUAUGAAUGCACUGGCAAGCGCAGGCGCUGCUGGUGUAGUGAGUGUUGCUGGUACGGGCUCUAGCAUAUUGCCUCUUCCACUGCCGGCAUAUCCUGGUGAUACUUUCCCUGGGCAUCAGCUUUACGUCAAGAACUCGCUGUUACUCCCUGAGUCACCAUUGGAGAUAUAUCACAGGGAGCCAUUAAGGACACAGAUAAGUAAUGCAUUCAAGGAGCAUUAUAAUUUUCCCAAUGAGAAGCAUUUAUACUUGAGGAGACCUGAACAAACUGGAAUUGUCGACCAAAAAGUUGUAGUGAUCUCUAUUGUUGGUCAUUUACCUGAUAAGUACGAGAAGAUUACGCUGGGAAAACAACCUUCCGCUUACUACUUAACGCAAAGGUUUCUCAAGACUUUAGAACAUGUCAACCCCGGUACUGUUGUGACAUUUUCCAUUGAAGCUGAUAUAGAUACCCAGCCCAUGGAGACGGCAUUUCAAUCCCUAGUGAAGGUAUUCAACAAUUGGAAAUUCAGAUUAAAAGACGCUAGCGCAAUAUACAUCCAAAGUGUGUAUCACAGCGUUCCAAUAGCUAUCAAACUGGCAAAACACUUGAUGUUGAAUCAUAUUGACUAUGGUUUCACAGAUAAGACCAGCAUUGGUUUGCUUGGGCUAGAGUCAUGCAUUGAGGGUUACAGAUUUUGGGACCAUAGUAUAGACAUCAGUAGCAGCACUGAGCAAGAGAUAGACAAGCUGCAACAAGCCAAGGAAAAACAACUAUAUCAGGGUUGUACGAAACAACAACAAACGAUAUUGGCGCAAAUCAAAGAAUACUGUGAUCUUGAAUCGGAGGAGUCCCAGAAUAUGCAGAAUGAUCUGGAUUGGGUCUUAUACAAUUGGGGACCCGCGAGAGUUACAUUAGUGGGCAAACUAUAUGAUAAUUUCAUGACGCUGUCUCAAAAGCUGGCCAUUGACUACAGGCAUUCCAAAAUAAUGAGAUCGCUUUGGUGUAACGGUAGUUACUUGGGAUUAGAUCCCAAAUUACCUGAGAAAAUAAGUGUUCCGAAUAGCCACUUGAAGACCAUCAAGUUUGAUUGCAAUGUUCAAAUUCCUGAAGAAAGGUUAUUUGAAGUAUCUUUGUUGAUGAUUGUUGUCCUAGCUCUGAAUCUGGGUUACACAAGUGGCACGUCUCUGGCGAAAUUGAUUGGUCCCUAUUUUAUCUCUAGGUCUUACAACUCCAAUACUGUACCCCCAAAUAUACGUAAGCAACAAACCUAUGAUAACAAGAUAUGGUUACAGGAGAUGGAAGAGAAAUGGAAGGAUUUAAACAUCCGAGAGAGCUACAUGGACGAGUUACCAAAGCAUGUUUCAUCGACACAUUCCUUCUUAGAGUUUUCAUAUUUCCAAGCACAAAGGUCCCCUGACCUUCUACAGAUCAAGUCCGAUAUAUAUGACGAUGAUUCGGUUUACAAGUUGUUUCUUGAGAACACUAUGCUAACCAGAAACCCUCGGUACAAGAAGCAUUUACAAUUGCACAAGGAUGAGUACAUGCCCUCGAGUAUAUUUGACCGGGCCAACCAAUACGAUCUGGUGUGGAAAUUCCACGAGUUUCUCUCUAACUUCGUCACUGCUAGAAACUUGCCUCGCCAGAACUUCCCACCGUUGAUCUCCUUCUCCAUAUCCUUAGACUACUCGUUUUGGAAGUACAUGUACCCAGAGAGCAAUUCUUUCAACCGAGACACCACUGAAUCCCGAAAGAAGCUAGUCCAAUUAUGGGAGUGUUACAACAGUUGGGACCCACCGACUAGAGGCUUACAGAAGCUGAGAAACAUUCUGAGCGUGUUGUCCAUCUACAAGGAACCUUCCAAGUUCAUCGAGGAUAUCCAAAGAACUCUGUAA